UUUUUCAAGCUCUCAUUAUGCUGCACCAGUAUCUUCAGAUGCUGUUUCCAGGGAACUAAGCUGCUUUCUAAUUAAAACUGCAAAGAGCAAUGGAGAGUUUAGGCAAAGACCAUGCUUCUUCGGACUCUUCCCUGCCACCCUCUGCAGCCUGUGAGGAGUAUGCUGUGCCAGAUGUCAUCAUAACCCGUCGCUUGAGAGACCGAGAGUUGCUCAGGAAAAGAAAGGCGGAAGCCCUGGAGAAGGAUUCAGCUCAGUGGGUUCUGAGAGAUUAUAAGAGCAAACAGCAAAGGAGAGCCAGGAGAGCCAAAAGAGGACGGGGCCGUCAGACAGUGGUCAAGGCUGUCCUGGAGUCAGAGCCAGCAGUGGACGCCCAGCCUGACACACAGGAGAAGGCUGAGCCAGUGCCCUCUGAGCCAGCACUGCCUGAACCAGUGUAUCAACAGCAGCCACCUAUGCUGACCAUCCCGAACAUGGUCAGUGGGAUGCAAGCAGUGGCAAUGGAUGGGGAGCUGCCAUCCAGGAGCUUGGACCCUGCUGGUGAAGAGGAUGUGCUGAAACCAGCAGAUACAGAUAUACUAGAAGAGUUGAAUACUCCUCUGGAAAAUGACCACCAGGAUAACGAAUUCAACAUACAUGUUCUGUAUUAACUUUCUGAUUGAUUGGGGAUAUUUUUUUUAUUUUGACUCCUGCCUCAAAAACUUGAUAAGUAUGGCACAGUGAUUUUGAGCAGCUGCUUUCUUGGGAGUCAUAAAGCCUACACCCUCCUUGUCACUCUGCUUUUCUAUGCUUCUUCCAGGUUAGAGAGGCAGCCCCUAGGGCAUUGCCUGUGGCUUAUGAGCCACCUGCUCUCUCUGCAAACAGGCUGUUUUAUUUGGGUCCAUGGAAGACUUCACAGUGCUCUGCCACACUACAGUUCAAGAGUACAGUCCAGCAUCCAUCUGUGUUUCUAAAAGUAAUUUCUUAGUUGUAUAAAUGUGAGUGGCAUUGUAAAGCUGACACCCACUGUGAGUUUCAGCUGGCUGGAGCAGUCCAGCUUGGGCUUUUUACUGCACCCUAUAAGCUCCAACACCUUUUGCACUAUUAUUUUUAGUCUGAAAGUUUUUCUCACAGCCUGUUUUCCUUUGCAAUAAACAUCUUGCUUUCCUAAA